GUGUGGGGGCCUCUCCCGGGUCGGAGAAGAGUUUUGUGUCUCCUGGCUCUGGGCAUGCGCAGAUGCAGCGCUCAUCUGGCUCUGCGGGGCCGGGCGGAGCAGGCGGGUUUGUGCCGGGGAGAUUUUCAUUAACCCCUCCGUGCCCGGCCCGCGCCCUGCUCCCGCGGGAGCCGCCCUGGGGCUGCCCCGGGCUCUGCCUGCCCCGCUGCGGAGCUGCAGCCUCCAGGCUACAGAAUAACAUCCACGUUUUGCUCCAGAUCAUCCCAUCCUCCCAAGGGGAAGGAAAUGGCUGCAAUGGAGCUGGCUCAGGGGCUGGUGACUUUCGAGGAGGUGGCUGUGUAUUUCACCAAGGAGGAACGGGCUCUGCUGGACCCUGUUCAGAAAGCCCUCUACAGAGACGUCAUGCAGGAGAACUAUGAGACGGUGGUCUUGCUGGAAUCCUGUGGCGUAUUGCACCUGUUUGUGGUUCCUCGUUAGUCUCUCAAAAUGACGGUGGAAAAUAUCUGACCUGGGAUUCUCUCCUUAGACCUAUUCAGGGUUUCCAGUUUCCAAACCUGAUGUGAUCUCGCAGCUGGAAUGAGGGGAAGAGCUGUGGGUCCCAGACCUCCAUGGCGCUGAGAAAAAAGUGCUCCUGAGAGCUGCCUGCACAGGCAGUGACCUAUGUCUGGAUUCUCUCUGUCUCCCAUCAGGUGUUGGGAUGGUGAGUGAGAACGAGGAGAAACCCCAGCAGGAAGAUACUGAGCAAGUAUUACCCCAUGGGAUGUUAUCAGGAAGAUCGAAAGGGAAUGAUUCCAGGAGUUGUGCACUCCCAGAAAAACCAAAAGCCUGUGAGAGUCAGCGCAGGCCAGCAGAAAACUUCAGUAGCCACUCAGACCUUAUUACACACAAGAGAAUCAACUUGGAAGAGACACACUACACAUGCCAUGAGUGCGGGAAAAGCUUCAAUCAGAGCUCUGCGCUUCUCACACAUCAGAGAAUCCACCUGGGUGAGAAACCUUACAGAGGCUCUGAGUGUGGGAAACACUUCAGUAAGAGCUCAAACCUUAUCAGACAUAGGAGAAUCCACACAGGUGAGAAACCUUAUGGAUGCCAGGAGUGCGGGAAAAGCUUUAGUCUGCACUCCUACGUUAUCAGACAUAGGAGAAUUCACACAGGAGAGAAACCCUACACGUGCUUUGAGUGCGGGAAACGCUUCAAUCAGAGUUCAAGCCUUAUCAGACAUCGGAGAAUGCACACAGGUGAGAAACCUUAUGGAUGCUCUGAGUUUGGGAAAAGCUUCAAUCAGAGCUCAAGCCUUAUUAUACAUCAGAAGAUCCACAUAGGAGAAAAGCCCUACACAUGCUCUGAGUUUGGGAAAUGCUUCAUUGAUAGUUCAAAGCUCAUCGUACAUCAGAGAAUUCAUACAGAAGAGAUGCCCUAUACGUGCUCUGAGUGUGGGAAAAGCUUUAGUCGGCACUCGGUCCUUAUCUCAUAUUGCAGAAUCCACACAGGAGAGAAACUCUGCACAUGCUCUGAGUGUGGGAAAUGCUUCAGUUAUAGCUCAACCUUCAUCUCACAUCAGCAAAUCCACGCAGAAGAGACGCCCUACACAUGCUCUGAGUGUGGGAAAAGCUUCGGUUAUAGCUAAUACCUUACCACAGAUCAGAGAAUCCACAUGGAUGAGAAACCUUAUGGAUGCUCUGAGUGUGGGAAACACUUAAAUCGGAGCUCAAGCCUUAUUAAACAUCAGAAAAUCCACAUGAGAGAGAACUAUAAUAAAUGCCUUGACUAGGGCUGGCCAAAGAUUUUUUUUUUAAUCACAUUUGCUAAUUCUCACAUAGUGAUCUUUGCACCAUCUUCACCGUGGUCUCUCCGCACCCCAGAUGAGUUGCCUGAUUCUGCCUUUUGCUGCUUACCCUUCUUUGGGGUCAGUCCUGUGAACUUUUCUAUCAACUUCUUUCCUUUUGAGUUGUAGGAGCAUGUGACCCUCCUGCCAGGAAUGUUCAUCAGCUCUAGGUGGGGGAGAGAGGAAAAUAUGCUGCCUGUAGAAUUCUAAAUUGAGUAAAUAGGUGUAUGACUCAUGCAUGGCUUGUGUGAC